AUGGCAGCCAACGACUUUUACAACCCAAAACCGCGCCCCGAUGCGGCAGGGGCAGCGGCAGUAUCACCCGACUCGCCGUACGACAGCAGCGCGCGGCUAGCGGCCUCCUCUUCCUCCGUCUUCUCGACACCGGCGCCGCCGUACAGCUCACAAUCACAUCUUGCUCCCGGAGCCGAAAGAGCUGCUGCCGUGCCGCCGGUAUCACAUUCGCCCUUCGACACCGUCUUCGACGACCAUGUGUACCCCGCUAGCACGCGCCAGCCCACGCCGAACUCGAGCAUGCACCGAUUGAGCCACCAGGACACAGGCUACCACGGCCACUCGCCCGUUUCGCCGCAAGACGAUCUAUACGGCCGCAACUUGGGAGCCGGGGAUAAUAUACCUCUCCAGGACCACGCCCAGCACUCGCCGCUCAAGGAUACCGAGAUGCAGGACCAUGUUUACGACUCGCCCGGGGGAUCCGGGGGACGACAACGCAACGGCCGCGUGCGCUUCGGCGAGCUGGGCAUGCUUGGAUCCGGGUCAGGCCGAAAGAAGAUUCCGUUUGUGGUGUAUCUGUUGACUAUUGCGCAAGUGGGCGUGUUUAUCGGGGAAAUUGUCAGGAACGCAACCGAAACCGGCUCACCCAUCAUGACCCAGCCCUCCUUCAACCCCAUGAUCGGCCCUUCCCCCUAUGUGCUUAUCAACAUGGGUGCCCGCUUCGUGCCCUGCAUGCACAAUGUCAAGGGCGUCCAGGACGCUAACCGCACCUUGCCCUGGCCGUGCCCGAGCUCUAAAAGCCUCGACGAAAACCUCCCCGAGAACCAAUGCACCCUCUCGGAUCUCUGUGGCUUUGGCGGCGUGCCUCCACCCGCUUACACCCCCGGCACCCCGCUAGACACCCAACCCGCGCCCAACCAGUGGUUCCGCUUCAUCAUCCCCAUCUUCAUGCACGCCGGCCUCAUCCACAUCGGCUUCAACAUGCUCCUCCAGAUGACCCUCGGCCGCGACAUGGAGAAAUCCAUCGGCUCCAUCCGCUUCUUCCUCGUCUACAUCUCCGCCGGCAUCUUCGGCAACGUCAUGGGCGGCAACUUCGCCGGCACCGCCAUCGCCUCCACCGGCGCCUCAGGCUCCCUCUUCGGCAUCAUCGCCCUGACCUUACUCGACCUGCUCUACUCCUGGAAAGACCGCGUCAGCCCCGUCAAGGACCUGCUCUUCAUCCUCCUCGACAUCGUCAUCUCCUUUGUCCUCGGCCUGCUCCCCGGUCUCGACAACUUCGCCCACAUUGGCGGCUUCCUCAUGGGCCUCGGGCUCGGCGUGUGUGUUUUGCACUCGCCCAACUCGUUGCGUCGCAGGAUAGGCGAUAACGAGGCGCCGUAUGCGAGUGAGCGGGUUAGUGGUGGGUAUGCGGCGCAAGGGUCGCCGCCGUCGUUCUUGAAGAACCCCGUCGGGUUUUUCAAGGGCCGCAAGCCGUUGUGGUGGGCGUGGUGGCUGGUUCGGGCCGGCGCGUUGGUGCUGGUGACGGUUGUGUUUAUUUUGCUGUUGAAUAACUUUUACAUUGACCGCAAGACUUGCGAUUGGUGUCGGUAUCUGAGCUGCUUGCCCGUCAGUAACUGGUGCGAGAUUGGAAACCUAACGUUAUAA